CUCCUUUCCUUCACAGCCUCCAUCUUGAAAACUGUAAUUAAGGAAAUUUUCAUUGAUGUUUGCCUCUCUCUCGCCAUCCACUUCCCAGCUUGUUAGAGGUGCUGGUUAAUCCAUACAGUUUCAAAUGAAAGCUGGGAUACUGGCCUUUAGAUGAAGCUUUCAAUUUGUUAUUUUGUUCUGUUUCUUUGAAGAUUUGUAGCAUUAGUUCUGUUUUUUUAAUUUAUUUACUUAUUUUUAAUAUGAGAGGUACACUACUGUCAAACAUUUGGAGUCAUGUAUUUGUAGUUUUUGUAUUUUUAAAAGGAAUUAUAAUAUUACAAGUUAUAAGUUUUCUAUUUAAUAUAUUUAAAAAAUAUAUAUUUAUUCCUAUGAUGGCAAAGCUGAAUUGUCAGCAGCCAUUACUCCAGACUUCAGUGUCAGUCAGAUUAUCAUUCAGAAAUCAUUCUAAUAUGCUCAACAAUAACAUUAUCAAUAACACAAUCAAUGCUGAAAAUACUUGUGCUGCUUAAUAUUUUGUGGAAACUGUAAUGUAUUUUAUCUGGAUACUUAAUGAAUAGAAAGUUUAAAAGAACAACAUUUAUUUGAAACAGAAAUGUCUUUAACUCUACUUUUUAUGAAUUUAACAUGUCCUUGCUGAACAAAAAGUCUAAGAACAAAUCUUACUGACCCCAAACAUUUGAACAAUAGUGUAUCUCUAGACAGCAAACUGGAAUACUGAGUCAUAGCAUGGACCAAAAAACAUUUGCCAACAAUAAGCAAAGAUGCUAUGCUGUAACAACUGAUGGUUCAGUGUUGGUUUGCUUAUGGCCCCCCAAAAUUGCAUUGCAUUAGAUGAUAAAAUAUCAAACCAAUGGCAUCAAGUUCACACAGGUGAACGUAUGUCAUCUAAGGAUAUUUUACACUAACAUUUGACAACCAGAAAGUGUACAAAAAAUCGUAUAGUUCCAAGUAUAUCUGAUGUUUUAACACUUAAAACUUAAAUUUUCAACUAAAUGUUUUGCUCAGUGUUCUUUCUUUUAAAUAAUUGGCAGUUGGUUUGAUAUUUUAUAACCCAAUGUUCUAAUCUUAAAUUAAGUGUUUAAACACAUUUUCGGGGCCACUAUUAGUUCCAUCCAAGACUCAAAUGACAAAUAUCUCCAGCUGAAGUCCUGCCGCCACGCAGCGAGGAGCUGGCAUCCUUACGCCUGCGCAGUUGAUGGAUGUAGGAGCGAGCGUUCCUGUACCAUCCAGCAAGUGGAGAGCAGUUCCACCAUAAUCCCCCUUUCUCCUACUCACUCUCUCUUUCCCCCGUGGUUCCAUUCAUAUUCUAAUCACAGCUUUCCCUUCUGCAGUUUGUAGGCACUCCAUCAGAGCCCUCCCUGCCUCAGGCUCUACACUUUUACUUCCCUCUUUUGUGGCCGCGCUCUCCUCCCAGCACACUAAAAUAAGGUUGCUUCAAGGAGAGAGUGAGAAGGGGAGGGGGUCCACCAAACUUUCUCUUUCCAGUUUUGGCAACGGCCUUAAUGGGCGUUUGGCGUCAAAAGCAUCCAAAAUGACGAAGGAACGCAUUUGCGUGAGAGUUUGGCGUUUUUUGCGUUGAUUUUGAAUGAACGCAACAUCGGCGCUCCCGUUUCCAGAGCUUCGGAGUUGAAGACAUCAAAAAAAAAGUUUUGCAAUGGGCCAAAAAGUGGCCCUUGGAUGGAGAACUUUAAAACUAAAGCAGUGGGGGCAGAGUGUGUAUGUGCGUGUGAGGAGAGGGUACGAAAACGUAUUAAAUGCUAUAAUGGGAGACGGGGAGGCCACAGUGCUGGGAUUGCGUAGAUCUAAGCCUCUUUUUUUCUGGGAAGGGAGCUUUUCUUAUUCAAAACAGCCCCACAAAAGACUUCCAGUGAGCCUUGCCACAUCCCCAUCUGACUCGAAGCCAUUCAUCAGCCUGCCGAGCCUAUCAAUGACAUGUCCCCCAUCAGGGCUCCUAUAAAAUCAGCCCCUUUCCCAUGAAACAUCAGCAAACAUUUUGACGGCUCUGGCUUUUCCCCCGCUGGAUCUCUGGAGUCUGUGACCCCCCCAUCCCCACCCCACCCCACCCCACCCGCUCCUACAACCCACACCCCCACCUCCAUCACCACCGCCACCCUCUCCACGGACCUCACAUCUUAUGCAUCUCAGCGCCGGGCAGUUCUCUCGGAGAGACGGAGGGAGCUGAGGAGGGGGAGUCCUGCACGGAGCCAUUUUCUCAGAGGAGCCCCUGGAACGUGCAUGGGAAGAGGAUGCAUUGUGGGCUGCUGGAAGAGCCUGACAUGGAUUCCACAGAGAGCUGGAUUGAAAGAUGUCUGAACGAAAGCGAGACCAAGCGCUUCUCCAGCCACUCUUCUAUUGGAAAUAUGUCCAACGACGAAAACGAGGAGAAGGAAAACAACCGAGCAUCUAAGCCACAUUCGACACCUGCCACAUUACAAUGGUUGGAGGAGAACUAUGAGAUUGCAGAGGGUGUUUGUAUUCCUCGCAGUGCACUGUACAUGCAUUAUUUGGACUUCUGCGAGAAACUUGAUUCUCAGCCGGUCAACGCUGCAAGCUUUGGGAAGAUAAUAAGACAACAGUUUCCUCAGUUAACCACACGGAGACUAGGAACCAGAGGCCAGUCAAAGUAUCACUACUAUGGAAUCGCUGUGAAAGAGAGCUCUCAAUACUACGAUGUGAUGUACUCUAAAAAGGGCGCUGCGUGGGUGAACGAGACGGGCAAGAAAGAGGUCACCAAACAGACAGUGGCGUAUUCACCGCGCUCCAAGCUGGGCACUCUCCUGCCAGACUUUCCAAAUGUCAAAGACUUAAAUCUGCCCGCCAGUCUGCCAGAGGAGAAGGUCUCAACCUUUAUCAUGAUGUACAGAACUCACUGCCAGAGGAUACUGGAUACAGUCAUACGAGCCAACUUUGACGAGGUCCAGAGCUUCCUGUUGCACUUUUGGCAGGGCAUGCCGCCCCACAUGCUCCCUGUCCUGGGCUCUUCGACAGUGGUCAACAUAGUCGGUGUGUGUGACUCCAUAUUGUACAAGGCCAUCUCAGGAGUCCUCAUGCCCACCGUCCUACAGGCUCUGCCUGACAGCCUGACUCAGGUGAUCAGGAAGUUUGCCAAGCAGCUGGACGAGUGGCUGAAGGUGGCAUUACAUGACCUGCCUGAGAACUUGCGCAACAUAAAGUUUGAAUUGUCAAGAAGAUUUUCCCAGAUUCUUAAAAGACAAACAUCAUUAAACCAUCUAUGUCAGGCCUCUCGAACUGUGAUUCACAGUGCAGACAUCACCUUUCAGAUGCUUGAGGACUGGAGGAACGUAGACCUUAACAGCAUCACUAAACAGACUCUUUAUACAAUGGAAGACUCCAGAGAGGACCAGAGGAGGCUUAUCAUCCACUUGUAUCAAGAAUUUGACAGACUGUUGGAGGACCAGUCGCCCAUUGAAGCCUACAUCGAGUGGCUGGACUCUAUGGUAGAGAGAUGUGUCGUGAGGGUGGCGGGGAAGAGACCCGGAUGCCUGAAGAGGGUAGCUCAGCAGUUCCUGCUCAUGUGGUCGUGUUUCGGGACCAGAGUUAUCCGGGAUAUGACGCUACAUAGUGCACCCAGCUUCGGCUCAUUCCAUUUGAUCCACCUCAUGUUUGAUGACUAUGUACUAUACCUGCUUGAGUCUUUGCACUGCCAAGAGAGAGCCAAUGAACUGAUGAGGGCUAUGAAAGGAGAGGGGACACCAGCAGAUUCUGGGGAAGAGCUGAUGCUCAUGGGUUCCACCCCCACAUCUACGUCACCUGGACCCUACUCUCCUGCCAAGUCUGUUCACUCGGUGGGUGUACCAGCAGUGGGUUCCCCCAAUUCAGCCCAGUCUCCAGAGUACACCAGCAUAUCAGCUACCACAGGAGCUGUUCAGUCAUAUACCUGGUCCCUUACAUACACAGUGACAACCUCAGGUGGCAGCCCACCCGAGCCUGGAUCCCAGAUUUCCUGCAUGAGAGGCGGACCCCCUCUGCAUGGCUCCUCAUCUGCUCACAGGAUGCCAGUUUACCCACAUCGAGAUGAGCAUGGGUAUACUGGCAGCUAUAAUUACAGCAGCUACGCAAACCAGCACCAUCAUGCUAUUCAGAGUCAGUACUCCAGUUUAACCCACGAACCAGGACUGCCCACCCCUCUGCACUAUUCCUCAUACCACCGGACCUCCGCACAGUAUCCACAGAUGUCUAGAAUGGAGUCCUGUUUGAUGAGCGGGUCUCCGCUUCUACACUCGAGCGCGGUAACCCCCCGAUGGCCGGAUGUGCCCUCGGCCAACAGCUGUUACUCCAGCCCCGCUGUCCACGCGUCACGCUACUCCACCGGAGACAUGUACUCCCCUCUCGCCCCACGCAGGAACUCUGAAUAUGAGCAUGCGCAACAUUUUCCAGGAUUCGCCUAUAUUAACGGUGAAGCCACGACCGGGUGGGCAAAAUGAUUGUACCCUUCUGAGAGUCUCUUUCCAAGAGACGAUGUCUGCGUGUGCAAAGCUGUGCGCAAAGCUGGACAGAUAAAUCAGCAGCAGCCCAUAUUUAACAUAAUUACAGAGAAUGUAUUUGAGUGGGAAUGACACUGUGUCAGAGAUGUUUGUAUUGGUGUGGUCAGUGUUUACAGUGCAAGCUGCCAAUGAAACUCUUUUCGAAUCGCAAUCAUUGUGAGAGUGCAUAAAAGGCAGUGUCCCAGUUGUGCCUUUCCCUGCCUGUUUAUCAUUUAUCUCUCAUGAGCAUUAUAGACCACGCACUCAUUUACUGUGCAAAAACUUUGAUUGCUGACCUCGUUUCAACGUAAAUAUGUAUGCAUCUCGCAGUGUUCUGUUACCACAGACUGGGUGUUUGACGUCAAACAGUGAUGAUAACGACAACCACAUCGGGGGUUUUUUUUUGUUUGUUUUGUCUUUGUCAGCAUCAAAGUGUGCUACUUUCCUAGCAUAAACAUAACACAUUCUCAGCAACAGGAAGAAAUGCCUUAAUAUUUUAUCUCAGAACGCCCUCUUGGUCCGCUGCCAGAAUACUUACGUCAUAGGAGUUCAAACAAAUAAGGGCCACUCAUGUCAGUACUUGUUGCAUGCAAAUGUGAAAGUAAGAUUUCUCAUUUUACACACAUGCAGAAUUAUCCCAGUGUGAGGCUGGGGGAAUAUUAGAAAUCUUUUCUGUAGCUUUGUAACAUUGUGUCCCUUUGCAUUGUUUAUCUGUGUUUGAACUGUAUAUCCAGUUUUGUAUGAUUUUAGGAACCGAAAAGUGUUAACCUAGGUUUGUGUGUUCUUGAAUGCACUCAAAGGUACUGUGGACCUAUUACCCUAUGGGUAGGAAUAAAAAGGAAAGAAUAUGAAAAUGUAACAUUUAUUAUCUUUAGUCACUUUCUCUUGUAAAUAAAAGCACUCAGUAACUUCUGUGGUGACAGCCGUUACCAUGUAAAUGAUAUAUGUGGAUUUAUUUGUUGCCACAUAAAGAUUUUUUAAAACCCAGUUCAUAUUAUGUAAUCUUAUUAUUUGUUUGAAUGUCUACAUUAUCUAUAUAUGUUUGGAAUAUAUAUAUAUAUAUAUGAAGAAUUUAAUUGUACAUAUAUAUUGCUAUAUACACAGCAAUAAAGUACUGACAGGACUGACACAGACAAGUAUUGAGCUAAUUAAUAUGAACUUGUUACAAUUUAG